CCCGCGCCGGGGAUGAAGCAGCGUUGGGGGGGACACGGCUCCGCUGCACAGCGACCCCACAGCUAACGCUGGCAGGAGACUGCUGCCCCCGGGCCACCAUGCCCUCCUCCGAGAGCAGCAGCGAGUACUGGAUCGACGGCUCCCACCGCAAGGCAGCCCUGGAAGAUUUCUACGUCGUGGGCCCCGAGCUGGGACGGGGGGCCACCUCGGUGGUCUACAGCUGCCAGGAGAAGGGCACGGGCACCCCAUACGCUGCCAAGGUCCUGAAGAAGACGAUCGACAAGAAGAUCGUGAGGACAGAGAUCGGGGUCCUGCUGCGGCUCUCGCACCCCAAUAUCAUCAAGCUGAAGGAGAUUUUUGAGACCCUGUCUGAGAUCGCGCUCAUCCUGGAGCUGGUCACGGGAGGAGAGCUCUUUGACAGGAUCGUGGAGAGGGGCUUCUACAGCGAGCGGGAUGCAGCCCAUGUGGUCAAACAGAUCCUGGAAGCUGUCUCGUAUUUGCAUGAAAACGGGGUCGUCCACCGUGACCUGAAGCCGGAGAACCUGCUCUAUGCAGACCUGUCCCCUGAUGCUCCCCUUAAAAUCGGUGACUUUGGGCUCUCCAAGAUUGUGGAUGAACAGGACACCAUGAAAACCGUCUGCGGCACGCCGGGAUACUGCGCCCCUGAAAUCCUCCAUGGCUGCCCGUAUGGCCCUGAAGUGGAUAUGUGGUCUGUGGGUGUCAUCACCUACAUCCUGCUUUGUGGCUUCGAGCCCUUCUUCGACCCACGAGGGGACCAGUACAUGUACAGCCGCAUCCUCACCUGCGACUAUGAGUUCGUGUCCCCGUGGUGGGAUGAGGUUUCCCUCAACGCCAAGGAUUUGGUCAGAAAAUUGAUCGUCUUGGACCCCCGGAAGAGACUGACCGUCCACCAGGCUCUGGAGCAUCCCUGGGUCACAGGGAAAGCAGCUAAAUUCGCUCACAUGGACAGCACGCAGAAGAAACUGCAGGAAUUUAAUGCCAGGAGAAAACUGAAGGCUGCAAUGAAAGCCGUGGUGGCUUCCAGCCGCUUGGGCAACCACGGUCACCACGACUGCUCCCGCAGCGGGCGCAGCCAGAGGGCUCCCCGGGGAGCCCGCCUGCCCCAGGGCACAGGGACCGCUGGCCACGAAGCCACCGCCACCACCGAGGACCUCGAAGCUUUCCAGAGCGACCGCCCCGCCGUGCCCAAGGUUCCUGUGAGCAGCGCCAGCUGCCAGAGCUAACGUGCCCGGCACCGGUGCCGCCUCACCGCAGCCUCCACAAGCAGCACCCCACUGACCCUUGGAAGCUGGCACAGGGAAAGGUGGGGGAAGCCGUUGGGACAGGAGUGCCCCGAGUGUCAGUGUGUGUCAGGAGCCCAUGAUCCGUGGUGUGGAGCGUCCUUGUUUAGUGUCCUGUUGCCGGUGCAGUUGUAGCUGGUCGCUGUGAAUGUGUGUCUGUAGGGACCCGACUGAGGAAAACAAGGCUGGUGACUCUGUCUUCCAACAAAUGAACAGUUUUGGCCACUGUGGCUUGAAAAGAUCCCAAGUGGCUUAAAAACCAAGGAGCAAAACAGCAGAAAAAGGAUUUCUUUCAGCUUACCUACACAGGCAGGAAGCUGCCUUUACAACAGCGUUUUGUAAGUUCCUGUAAAUAGUCCUUAAGGGUUUCUUUAGGGAAUGGGUGCAUCUGGGUUAUCACUGACCAUCCAUGUUCCAUCUCCAAUCCCUCUUACCAGACGCAGCUGUAGGUUUACUGCUGUUAUUAGACAUGGUUUGUAGGAGCCUUUGGACCCAGCUGUUUGAUCCUAUCUGAAGAAAAGGUGUUAGUGAGUGGUUCCUUUAUUAUCUCUAGAUGGUAGACAAACUCUGACUUGUGCUUUUGUUCCACUCCAGCUUCAUUUGUUCCCACCUUCAGCCUUGCUGUGGGUACAUGAUGGUGGCUGGAUUGUCCCAGACUGGGAACGCAGCUUGUCUGGCCUCUUCCUUGGUGUUCCAGGUUGCCAUUCAUAUGAGUUUUAACCAAGAACAAUGCAGCUCUUUCCACAGCACAUUGGAAGACUUUGUAACCUGUAAUGGUGCUGUUGUUUCCGGAGGGAGGACAAUGAGUUUAUAUGUAUUGGGUUGUUUUUUUUUAAGUCUAGCGAAAUCAGUUGACAAACUUAUUGGAAAGACUUUUUUCAGGCUGUUAUUGACCAAGCCACAGGAUGAGCACGUGCAGAUUUUAAUACAGAACAAGCAAUCAGUCAGGAAAAGCCAUAUUUAAUGCGGGAGAAGCCAAAAAGCCAGUGCCGGGUUUGCUGACCUGAGGUGCUGCCUCAACCUGCACCCCCGGCCGGUUGGGCCAUGCACUUAGAGCACAUUCAAGCAAAAAAGGGUCAAAAUUUGUGCACAAAGUUCAUUUUUCCAGCACGGGGACACCAUAGGUGAUGAAGGAGAGGUGGCAAACACAACCUGAGGCUUUGGUGAUGCAGAACCUGGGCAUCGGGCAGAGCUCCAAUGGCAGCAAAGGCAAACGUAACACAAAGAGCUUCGUGUUGAUGCAGAGCACAAGCAGAAACCAUAAAGAUUACGCGUAAGGGCUGAUCCAUACCACAUGACAUUUCUGUUUAGGGUGCAUGCAAAGCCGAAUUCAGGGACGGGAUGUUCAAAA